GCCGGGGGGCGAGGCGGCGCGAUCCGCGGUCGGGCUGGCUUAGUGGCAGGUGCCGGGCCUGGGUGGUGUUCGCGGUUCCCCUUUCCCAGGCCCACUCCCGGCGGCACCACCCGCCUUUCGGUCCUUGAACUUUCCCGGCAAGGCCGGGAGCGACACCGCCGCCCUGGCGCAGCCACCGCCACCACCGCCGCCGCGGGCGCCGACGUCGCCGGGGUCAGUGAAGGUGGGCGCGGUCCCCAACCGCCGCCUGGGCAGCGUCCGCGGCGUGCCCAUGUCUUUGCCGCCAGGGCGCCGGGCCCGCCUGUCGUCCCCUGGGACCGGCCGCUCGUUCUCCGAGGCCCGCGAGGAGCUGCGGCGCCGCCUCAUGGGCCUCAUCGAGGGCAACCGAGUGAUGAUCUUCAGCAAGAGUUACUGCCCGCACAGCGCGCGGGUUAAAGAUCUGUUUUCUUCUUUGGGAGUUGAAUGUAACAUCUUGGAACUUGAUCAAGUCGAUGAUGGGGCCAAUGUCCAAGAAGUGCUUUCAGAGAUCACUAAUCAGAGAACUGUGCCCAAUAUUUUUGUGAAUAAAGUGCACAUGGGUGGAUGCGAUCGAACUUUCCAGGCCCAUCAGAGUGGUUUAUUACAGAAGCUCCUUCAGGAAGAUUCAGCAUAUGAAUAUGACCUCAUUGUCAUUGGGGGAGGUUCUGGUGGCCUUGCAUGUGCUCAGGAAGCCGCCAUCUUGGGAAAGAAAGUUAUGGUGCUAGACUUUGUGGUCCCGACGCCUCAGGGCACAUCAUGGGGUCUUGGCGGUACUUGUGUAAAUGUGGGCUGUGUUCCUAAGAAAUUGAUGCACCAAGCUGCCCUUUUAGGGCAGGAAUUAAAGGACGCCAGGAAAUUUGGCUGGGAGUACAGUCAUCAAGUGAAGCACAACUGGGAGACUAUGAUAGAAGCAAUUCAGAAUCACAUUGGCUCUCUAAACUGGGGCUACAGGUUGUCCCUGAGGGAGAAGGCUGUGACCUAUGUCAAUUCUUAUGGAGAAUUUGUCGAACAUCAUAAAAUAAAGGCAACCAAUAGAAAAGGACAGGAAACUUACUAUACUGCUGGCAAAUUUGUCCUAGCGACAGGCCAAAGACCCCGCUAUUUAGGAAUCCCAGGAGAUAAAGAGUACUGUAUUACUAGUGAUGACCUUUUUUCUCUGCCUUAUUGCCCUGGCAAAACAUUAGUGGUGGGUGCGUCUUAUGUUGCUCUGGAAUGUGGCGGGUUUCUUGCUGGAAUUGGCUUAGACGUCACGAUUAUGGUGCGCUCAAUCCUUCUUCGUGGCUUUGAUCAAGAAAUGGCAGAGAAAGUGGGUUCCUACAUGGAGCAACAUGGUGUUAAGUUCUUAAGAAAAUUUGUACCUGUGAUGGUUCAGCAGUUGGAUAAAGGUUCACCUGGAAAGCUGAAAGUAGUGGCUAAAUCCACUGAAGGGCCAGAAACUAUUGAAGAAAUAUAUAAUACAGUUUUGUUAGCCAUUGGUCGUGAGUCCUGUACAAGGAAAAUAGGCUUGGAGAAGAUUGGUGUCAAAGUCAAUGAAAAGAGUGGCAAAAUACCAGUAAACGACGUGGAACAGACCAAUGUACCCUAUGUUUAUGCUGUUGGGGAUAUUCUGGAGGGUAAACUUGAGCUCACACCCAUUGCUAUACAGGCAGGCAAGCUGCUGGCUCGCAGACUUUUUGCUGGCUCUUUGGAAAAGUGUGAUUAUGUUAAUGUCCCGACUACAGUGUUUACUCCUUUGGAAUAUGGCUGCUGUGGAUUAUCUGAGGAGAAAGCUAUUGAAGUGCAUAGAAAAGAGAAUCUCGAGGUGUAUCAUACUUUUUUCUGGCCUCUUGAAUGGACAGUGGCCGGCAGAGACAACAAUACUUGUUAUGCAAAGAUAAUUUGCAAUAAAUUCGACAACGAUCGGGUGAUAGGAUUCCAUGUUCUCGGACCAAAUGCUGGUGAGAUCACCCAAGGGUUUGCGGCCGCAAUGAAAUGUGGGCUCACAAAGCAGCAACUGGACGACACCAUUGGAAUUCAUCCCACAUGUGGUGAGGUGUUUACAACCUUGGAAAUUACAAAGUCGUCAGGACUAGACAUCACGCAGAAAGGCUGCUGAGGCUAGGCCCGCUGCUGUUGUGGUUUUCCUUGUCCUAUUCCCCAUUUCUCUCAAAAACAAGAAUGCCCCUGGGUCAAGUGAGUCGGUGCUUAGGCACCUGCUCCAAUGAGUGGGGCACAGUGCUGGACUUCUCUUCCCAGCACAGAGAUGAGAAGGACGAGGAGGCAAGACGGCAGUGGAUGUUGUGCUUAGCGGGCUUGGCUGGCUGGGAGAGGCACAUAGGCUGCCUCCUUGACGUAUUAGCUCGGAACCCAUUGUGAGGUGAGCUAAGGCUGAUGCUCUUCCAUGUCAGACUCGAGCUUCCCUCUGAAGGACCUUGCAAGCACAUAACUCACCCAAGUUAAUUUUUCUGGUUGCUGGUAUUUUUAUCCCCAUACCUUGUUUCUCUGAAAGUGUUUUCUCAGUGUGGAAACUGACUGUAAAGUGGCGAGUCUCCAGUAUGUGGGCCUGGAAUUCUGUGUGGUCACUGAUGAGUGGUGUCCCAGAAGUGCCUUCGAGUAGCUGGCUGUGACAUGUGGGUGCCUUAGCAGGAAGUUGGGCACACCAGGUAGAGAGUCAGCUGUAUACACCGUACCCACCAUCAGACUCCCGCCUCGUGCCUCACCCUCUCUGGGUUCCCAGUGGCAACCAUCUUGGAGUCCUCUCUUAUUAGUGUCUCAUGUCAGACAUGCUUGAAUGUCUUCUCUAUGUUGAUCUUAAGAGUAAUAUUAAAAAGUUUUUAAUGCUG